GCUUAGGGGGGAACUUCCAAAGGUGUUUCUAAAACAUAGCUCCAGCUAGAGGGUGCCUUUUAAGCUGUUCAAGGUCAAAAUGAAUACAGACUCCAAGGAGGUUAUAUCCCUGGAUGUUCAAGCUCGUGAUGUUUGGGAAGAACUGACAGUGAAAGCAGAGGCAGAAAGUCACCUCCAAAUGCAGGAAUCCGGACUGAAACGCAAUAAUCCACUGGCAAGGGAGAUCUUCCGAAGGCGCUUUCGACAGCUCUGCUACCAAGAGACCCCUGGACCAAGGGAGGCUCUCACCCGACUCCGGGAUCUUUGCUACCAGUGGUUGAGGCCGCAUGUGAGCACGAAGGAGCAGAUUCUGGACCUGCUGGUGCUGGAGCAGUUCCUGUGUAUCCUUCCCAAGGAGGUGCAGGGCUGGGUGCAGGAGCAAUGUCCAGAGAGUGGGGAAGAGGCAGUGAUUUUGCUGGAGGAUCUGGAGAGAGAGCUCGAUGAACCACAGCACGAGAUGGUAGCCUACAGACACCGACGAGAAGUCCUCUCUAAAGAGACAGUGUCUCUAGGAGAGCAGAUGUCACUGGGCCUUCAGUCCCAGCCUAAGGAGCCCCAGCUCACAUGUGACCCUGCUCAGGAGCCCCACCGUAUCGGAAAGACAGGCACAUUUCUGUUUUGCAAACCUGUUGUCAUCUCCCAGCUAAAAGGAGGAGAAGAACCAUGGUCUCACCCCAGAGGAGUCCUAAGAGAUGGAGUGACCAAGACUGAGGACAGAGAGUUGAUGCUAAGGAAAGACUGUCCUGAGAGAGUGGAACCACAUGGGAAAAUGUCUUACGGACAGACCUGGGAGAUAUCACAGCAGGAUCCGCGACACAGAGAAGUUGAUGACCGCAAGGGUGGGGUAGAGAGGCACUGGGGAAACCCCUUAGGAACCGGACCACACAGAUGUGAAGAAUGUGGGAAGAGCUUUGCUCAGAGCUCAGGUCUCGUUCGACAUCAAAGAGUUCACACUGGAGAAAGACCCUACGAAUGUAAUGAGUGUGGGAAAACCUUCAGUCGGAGUUCGGGUCUUUUUAAUCACCGAGGAAUCCACAAUGUUCAGAAACGGUACCACUGUAAGGAGUGUGGGAAGGCCUUCAGUCAGAGUGCCGGUCUCAUCCAGCAUCAGAGAAUCCACAAGGGAGAAAAGCCCUAUCAAUGCAGCCAGUGCAGCAAGAGCUAUGGUCGGCGUUCAUUUCUCAUCGAGCAUCAGAGAAGCCACACAGGGGAACGACCUCACCAUUGCAACAAAUGUGGGAAAAGCUUUAAUCGCCACUGCAACCUUAUCCGCCAUCAGAAGAUCCAUGUGGUGGCUGAGCUGGUCUAAUCCAAGCUGUGUGCAAGUUUUCCAGAUCACUGGCCAAGUCGUGCAGGGUAUGACUGAAAUUCCAGUCUUAUUCAUUGGACUGUGGACUACCCAAGCCAGGAGAGUCACCACUGUUACCUGUACAACAGCUGAUGAA